AUGGCUAACUUUGACAUGGUUCUGCAGUGCUGGGCAGUGGAGGCUGACUAUAACAAACACGGAGGACUGGUUCUGAGCCGUCUGUUUGCAGAGCACCCAGACACCCUGAACUUGUUCCCUAAGUUCGCAGGCAUCGCAGCGGGCGACCUGUCCGGGAACGCGGACGUAGCUGCCAUGGGCACUGUGCUUAAGAAGCUGGGUGAGCUGCUGAAGGCUAAAGGUGACCACGCUGCCAUCCUCAAACCCCGCAACCACCACGCCACCAAGCACAGGAUUGCCCUCAACAACUUCAGACUCAUCACCGAGAUCAUCUGCAAAGUGAUGGGUGAGAAGGCAGGGCUGGACGGGGCAGGGCAGGAAGCUCUGAAGCAGGUGAUGGAUGUGAUCAUAGCUGACAUUGACGUCACCUACAAGGAGCUGGGCUUUGCUGGCUAAACGGUUUACCUCAACGACCUACACCACCCCCCCCCCCCCCGUUCUCGAGGUCACAGGGAUAGGACAACAACUGGAAACUUACAUUUGAAGCAGAGUUGCUACUAGUGUUUAUACAGUACAUUCUAAGUGCUGGUUUGCUUAUGACUUACAGAAAAACUUAUUGGAAAAGUACAGGAGGUGUAUGAGGCAAAGCAUUUAUGCAAAUUCUACAUUUCUCUAUACAGUAUAUUGCCUUAAUCUGCCCUUUCAAUGUAGUUUGCUUACUGAAUGUAAACUGUUCCUCUAUGCACUAAACCAAUAAACGUUCCAUCAGAUGCAAAUGAGUGUU